UCCCACAGGCAGACCUUGGAGAGGAUCAUCUCUUCACUAUAGAGCUGUCACAGAGAGUUGUAUGAAGGGCCCAGGGGACAGACUGGGAAAAUGCUCUUGUAUACCAAGAGGAUGUCACGCCAGGUUAAACUUGGGACACAGAAUGAGGAAAAGCACGGAGAGAGAAGCUCAAACUUCGAUGAAUUCACCAGCAUUUCCUGGAUUUCCCUACAAUCUGUAGGUGCAGAACUGAUUUACUGAGACAAAAACAGCACAGCCAGCGAAGACAAUGUCUUUUCUGUCUGCCUCAGCUUAGCAGCGCUGCCCUGCCUCCAGGUCCACAUUUGACAUUGGCCCUGUUUAUCUGUCGGGAGCAAGAAGCCAGCAGCGGGACUGUCUCUCAUGUCAUCGCUGACAUGAUGCUGCCGACACUGACAGGGAUAAUGCCGAUGAUGAUGAUGAUGAUGAUGAUGAAGAUGAUAUCUAAAACAGGCCAGUCACACAGCUGACAGUCUUGCAGCACACAAACACACAUCCACAGAUUGUUUGUCCAUUAAGACAAGAGCAGAAACAGAAGGAGCUGGUCAAUGUGGAGUCAAAGGCCCUGUUUAUCUGGAAGUACAUCUCUGCAUCUCAGGACGAGUAUACCAUCUGGACACCUGUGAUGAUGGUCCUGUAGUCCUCUUAUUGGAUCUCUCUGAAAGGAGCCGAUCAUGGCCAGCAUGGCGCUUCAGCUCCUUGGCUUCUUCUUAGGAUUGCUGGGGUUUACAGGAACUAUAGUUGCAACCCUGCUCCCUCACUGGCGCAGCAGAGCUCAUGUGGAUGGUAACAUUAUCACAGCCACCGGGUACAUGAAGGGCCUGUGGAUGGAGUGUGUCUGGCGCAGCACUGGUAUUUACCAGUGCGAGCUGUACAGGUCUCUGCUGGCGUUGCCACCCGACCUGCAGGCUGCCCGGGCGCUCAUGGUAAUCUCCUGUCUCACCUCAGUCCUGGCAUCUCUGGUCUCUGUAACUGGGAUGAAAUGUACCCGCUUCGCCCGGGGUUCGCUGAUUAAAUCUCCCCUGGUCCUGAGCGGUGGGAUUUGUUUUCUUUGUGCUGGGCUUCUUUGCCUGGUCACCGUGUCCUGGACCACCAAUGAGGUCAUCAAGAAUUUCUACAACCCAUUAAUUCACAGUGGAAUGAAGUAUGAGAUCGGACUGGCUGUGUAUCUCGGAUACGCCUCGGCCUGUCUCAGUCUGGCCGGGGGAAUGGUGCUUUGUUGGAGCAGCAGUGGCGACAGGUCACGGCAGAGUCCCCCCCAUACGCAGAGGGGUCAGUCAUCACACCUUCCCCCUGUCUUCAACAACUUACAUCCGCCUGCUCCACCCUACAGGCCCCCCGAGGCCCUGAAAGGCAACCAUGCUCCCUCGCUUUGCUCCGCUUCCAGCAGUGGCUAUAGGCUCAAUAACUAUGUCUAAGACUAAGAGGAAUACUGAAACAAUAACUGUGAGACGACAUGGACCCUUUUUUCAAUAUUUUUAAGUUUUAUGUCCUGCGUACCCAUAAAAGGAUCAGCUGGAAAAGAGAAGACCCCCAUAAUGCAAAACACCAAAGUCAGAUUUGAACAGAUAUUUGCCUCUGUCUUUCCUCUAACAUAAACAACCAAGAGCCUUGGCUAGUCUUGUCUUAGCCCUGUAAGGCUUUUCCUAUGCACCUGAAGGACCAGAAGGUGGCAGUGUUUUACAGGAAAUCAUCACAGAAAAGACGAUAUAAAUGAUAUUCCAUGUUCUUUGCUGUGACUCUCAUGUUAUUGGAUCAUUUAUCUGGCCUUCUUCCUAGAUGGGAUUUAACUCUUUCUGAAAGGCAGUUCCCUUUAAAGAAAAAGAUUUUAUGUCAGUACUCAGUGUUUUAAAGGAUUUUCAUGACACUGAAAAUAAAACCUGACACUAUAAGUUGUCUAAAAAUGUGCACUAGUGUUAAUAAAUGAUUAAAUGUUAUAUUGUUACUAGUGUAAGCAUCCUCUGAUAAAAGGGACUGGAAAAGGCCGUUGCAAAUUUAUGAUCACAAGUGACAUUUUCACAUUAAACCCAUGUUUGUAAAAUAAUAGAUUGUUAGAAGUUUAACACCCAGAAAACCUUUUUUGUAUGUGUUAAGUACCAGGCCUGUCUGUGAAGCUCCAUUAAAAUAUAAUUUCAA